UGUUUACAAAAAAAAAAAAAAUGUCCCUUUAACCUCGUCCAAAGUUCCCUUUAUUUCGAGCGCAAGGAGACCGAAAUUCCACGAUCGAAGAGAACCCAAAGGAACCUGAAAACACGCCGGUUUAGGAGUUCUUUAAACAUCUGACAGUCAGCCACCUGUAGACAAGAUGCCACAGCUCCAUCAACCCAGACAACUUCUGUGGUCAUGCAUCAGCGCCAUUAGUGAAAUGGUCAUUGCUCAAACACUGUCAUGUCCAGAGCCUAUCCAGAAUGUCAGUACACGUAAACUGCUCCUCAAAUACGUGCCACCUCUUCUGCUGCAGGACAUAAUGAACUGUGUCAUGCGCAUGAUUGCCAUACACCACGCGCCAAGAGCCUCUGCGAAAGUUGUAACGUGCCUUUUAGAAAUACUCAUUCACCCCAGGUUACUGGAGCUACGUCUGUCAGAUCUUAGUUAUGUGGGGAGCGUCGAGCUAGAAGCACUGGACACGGUAGAGAACACAUUGAUAAAGUUGCUGCCCUCCCUGUCACACCUCACACACCUUAACCUGUCCACGAACCGAAACAAGAUCACCUUCCCCUCCUGUUCCACGGAGAUCCUGCAGGUGGUGGGAUGCUCCUGCCCCAACCUGCAGCUCCUGGACCUCAACCACAACAACCGCGUCACAGGGGAAGGCCUGCUGUACCUCUACCCCUCCGACACACGGGAAGGUUGCGCCAAGCUGGAGAAGCUCUUCAUCCAGGACUGCAGCAUCGAGCCGGAAGACGUGGCGAUGUUGAUCCACUUCUUUCCAAACCUGCAGAUCGUGGGCUACAAGGAGCUCGGGACGUCGCUGCAGAUGCUCAAGUCACAGCCUAGGAAAUUCAGUUGGAAGAGGAGACGCUACCAGUACUGCCUCAAGCUGACGCACGUUGACAACUCGCUAUCGAGGGUGCAGAGAUGUGAUGGGGACGUGGUUGACUUUGUGUGCGAGUCGUGCCCAGAUCUCGAAAACCUGAAAGUGAGAGUGUGUGAUGAAGAUGUGGGAGGAAUGGGCAGAUUAGAAAAACUGAAACAUCUUGAGCUCAGAUUUUACACUGGAGUGCAUCAUCCUAUUAGCCUCUCCACGUUAAAUUACCUAAUGGACCAUGGACAUAGACUAUCCUCUUUAGCUAUCUUUUGCAACAGGCUCCAUGCCCGGCACAUCCAGACAAUCGCAGAAAGUUGCAUCAACCUCAAGAAGCUGUUUCUCCAUGCCAAUUCAGCUGUCAUGGACACCUUGCUACAAUCAAAUAAAAAUGCAAUGAGCAAGUUAGAGGUGCUGAGCUUACGGCUUGGCCACGACGAGCUAAUCAUGAGUCCCGGUGCCUGUGACAUUGCCUGCUUCCUCGUACAGCCGGCAAAGGCCCUCCAGGAGCUAUACCUUCUGGUCCGGUCCCACGGCAUCAACCACGCGUUCAUAGUGAGGCUGCUGGAAAUCAAUCCCCUUUCGAAAUUGAAGCCAUAUAGGGAUGGGAUAUAA